AUGUCCAUCGGUAAGCAGGCGUGGAGCGACGUGGUGCAGGACUGGUACGACGAGGUGAACAACUGGCGCUACGGAGUGGGGUCCACUAACGGAAGCGCCGUGGGACACUUCACACAGGUGGUCUGGUACCGGUCCCACGAGGUUGGCUGUGCGAUGGCUUACUGCCCCAACUCUUACGACAAGUACUUCUACGUCUGCCAGUACUGCCCACCAGGGAACCUCCAGUAUGCUCGUCCCUAUAAAUCCGGAUCCCCCUGCGCUGACUGCCCCGACGCCUGCGACGACAAUCUGUGCACCAACCCCUGUCCCUACAACGACCUGUACGGUAACUGUGGGCAGCUGAAGACGGACUUGACCUGCGCACACACCGCUGUGUCCAAAGGGUGUCCCGCCUCCUGCCAGUGCACCACUGAGCUGGUGUGA